AUCAGGACUCGCCAAUAACUUCUCAGAGUUCGGCGCUUACAUAAGUUUCUUGAAUCCGAUCAAGUUAAUUGGACCUAAAAAUAAAUUGAGAUUUGGUAGUUGGGUGUCGUAGUUUUUGAGUGCACAAUAAUUUUUGACGAGACAUGUUGUCCCCUGGAGAAAUCGAAGAUCCCCAAAUCACCAGUGAGCAACUGCUCUCUUUAAAAGCCGACAUCCGUAUCAUCAACAUGUUGGAGGAGCUUGCUCACAAGCACUGCCCAUCGCAGUUUCAAGACAUCGAAAGUGGUGGAAAAAUUUCUAAAUCAAACGACAAGGCUUCAGCUCUCAUUGAUGAAGGACGCAAAAUGUUCAGGCAGAAGAACUACAUGAAGGCUUUAUUGGCAUUUACUCAAAGUAUUGCAAAUGCUUUAGAUAAAACAGAAAUUUUGGGAUUGGCUUAUGGAGGCCGUGCCGAAGUUUUGUUCCAGAGAGGAUUUUUCAAGGAAUGUUUACAAGAUAUUGAAAGAGCUCUAGAAAACAACUACCCCAAAGAUCUGGUAGGUAAACUUCUUGAAAAAAAAACACAAGCAGAACUCAACAAAGCCACUCAAAAAAUCAAAAAAUUUCAUGAAGAUGUGCCAGCCUUAAUUCAUCCAAAUCCAAAAAUAUCAUGUGCUGCUGACAAUGUUGAGAUUCUCAAAGACGACUAUGGUGGACGCCAUGUUGUUGCAACUAAAAAUAUCGAAGCAGGAGAAAUAAUUUCCAUUGAAAAACCUUAUGCUGUUGCCAUAGGCACCAAGCCUUCUCAACGCUUCUUACAUUGCCAUGAAUGCUUGGAGACGUGUUUUAACUUGAUACCUUGUCCUGGAUGUAGAACUGCACUGUAUUGCAGUGAAAAAUGUAGAGAUACUGCCAGAGAGUUUUAUCACUACAGUGAAUGCGAUCUAUGUCAGUUUGACUUCAAUGAAUUGCUAAACGUGAAAACAGUAUUAAAGGGUCUUAAAGAGUUAAGUACUGUAAGUGCUGACGUACAACAAUUCGAUGGAACUAUGUACAAAUCUGACAGAUAUGAAGAAAUCCAAGUGCUUCAAACUAACAAAGAAAAACGUUCAGUGCGCGAUCUAUUUGAGGCUGCCAAUGAGGCCUGCAUCGUUCUCCAUUUUUUAACAAAAUAUUCUGACUUUUUUACAAAAGUCCAAAUUUCUAGCGACCGCCUAAAAGAAUUGCUGUUUCAUCACUAUUUCAAUACUACUUUGAAUAAGAUUUCAGUAGAGAAGAUAAAAAAGGCUUCGGUUGAUACAGAGUUUCAUGAAGUUGGCGAAGCAAUUUAUGCUUUUUCUAGUUUACUGAAUCAUCAUUGUUACGGAAAUGUGGCAGCAUCAUUCUAUGGAUCUACGUUGGUUCUGAGAGCAGCUAAAAAUAUCAAAACUGGCGAGUCAUGUUGUUUGACUUACAGGAACUACAAUUUUGCCGAAUUCCCAAAGCUUGUUCGCUCUCACCAACUUUUCAAAUACUACCAGUUUACCUGCACUUGCCAGGCCUGUGAAAAUAACUGGCCGAUUUUUGACUGCCUUGACUCUGGCGACGUUGAGGCUUACCAACAGCUGGCCGAAGAAGUCAAAAAGGCUUUGAGCGAGGCUAACGUGGAUAUAAAUGGGAUUUUGAAAGUGGUCACCAAGAAAGUGAAAGAGUUCUCGGCAGCAGAACCAACGAAAGUCGAUGUUAAUGUUAAGAGAAUUUUCUGCGAUUUGCUUAAGUUUUCUGGCAAUAAAAUAUUUGAGUUUUAGAUAUACAUACCUAUGUUUUAUUUGUUUUAUUUGUACUCUUCAGUCUUCAGUAAAAUAGAAUUGCGCUCAUGACUGGAAUGUUUA